UAGUUUAGUUUUCAAAGAACUGUGUCCUCAGAUGUGCACGACAACACUGGGCAUGAAAGUUUGACUGGAUUCGUCAGGACCUCUGCAUUUCUCUGGAGCAUAUCUCCUGUAUCCAGUAGUGUUUGGUAUUUUUGUUUAUUAACAUUUUAAUCUUCACUUCAUGAUACUGCUUUAUCAUGGUCAGAUACAUUCGUUGCUUUGUGUAAUUACCACAGGUUGAGCUUGUCUCUCUUUUGAAUGUUCCUUCCUAAUAUUAAGGACAGUUACAGUGCAAAAUUCUCUCAAUCGUGUUAGAUACAGUCUUGCCAUCGUCUUUAAUUUAUGCAUCGCUGAACAUUUCACACAAGUUUCACUUCUCUUUUUAGCUUCCCCGUUUACAUUCGGUUUAUGGUUUUCAUUAAUAUGCAGCUUUCGCCAUUGCUGAUGAGCAGACUGGAACCACUGUUUUGCUAGUUUAAUCCCCCUGUACUUUGUGAGGCUUUAAAAGAAAACGACUGUAUCUGAAAGUAAAAUAAGAGUACCGUACCUGAAUAAAAGGACCAUAACAACAAGAUUAUACCGUUGCGUUGCUGUUUUGUAUACAGCUGCCUAACAGCUGCUAACAGCUACAUCUCCACCUUGCGGUUACGACGCGUUCAUGUGCGCACUGCCAGGUAGAGAAGCAACAGUGUGUGGAGGUGCAUAGUCAUAUACUUAACGUGUAACUAACAGAGGCGGGCAGAAGAAAGGGCGAUUAUAGGCAGGCUGAGAUAAAAUAAAAGUUCAUAGUCACGAAGCAGCUCACCCCAGGGAGCUGAAGAAGCUCGGAUACCAAAAGAGGCAGUUUCAAGGCUGCAACACUUCCCGUCACGCCAACAAGAACACGAAAUGUCCCGUAAGAUUUCAACAAAUCAUUCUUUAGACAAGCAACGUCACUAUCUGUCUGCAUAUUAGUAUAUCACCAAGAAGAGGUCGGCACGGAGCUGGGGCGGUCCUGUGACCGCACCGCUUCCACUCAGCUAACUACUUCCGUAAAUAUUCAUCGCGAGCCAAUCAGAGAAGAGCACAACCAACGCUGUGUCUCCUGCACGAGCACGUCGAUACGCUGACAGAUGGCGAGCGCGCGCGCGCUUUCGCAGAAUAUUCUGGGGAUUUCUUUCUAGCCUUCCAGGACAGCUAGCAUGAAGCGAGGUGGCUUCAUUCAUUGUCCGCCCUUCCUGAUAUUUGCUUGAAACAAAGCUCUAGAAGAAACGGAACGAUGGUACUCACGCCGCUGGUUUACUGGGCUCAACGCCAUGAAGAAAUUUACCUACGAGUGGAGCUGACAGACGCUCAGAAUAUUGACGUCCAUGUGCAUGAAAAAGUGCUUCGGUUUAGAGCCCAGGGCCAUGGUGCAAAAGGACAAAAUGAAUACGAGUUCAGCUUGGAGUUUAUUUUGCCAGUAAAGGCAGAGGUGAGCCACAAGUCCACACAGCGGCAGGUGAAUAUUACAGUGCGGAAGGAGCAGCGAGGCUGGUGGGAAAGACUGGUGCAGGAGCGCAAACCAGUCUUCCUGGCACCUGACUUUGACCGCUGGCUGGACGAGUCAGACGCUGAGAUGGAGAUCCGGGAAAAGGAGGAGAAAAGGAACAGGCUAAAGGCUUCAAGGCAUAAAGAGCAAGGGUUUGUCAGCCUGAAAACUGGAUUUUUGUUUGUAUAUAACCUGGUGCAGUUUCUUGGUUUUUCAUGGAUCUUUUUCAACAUGACUGUACGUCUCUUUAUGUUCGGCAAAGAUUCCCUUUACGACACGUUUCACGCCAUCUCGGACGUGAUGUUCUUCUGCCAGAUCUUGGCAGCAGUAGAGGUCCUGAACGCGGCUUUUGGUGUAGUCCGGACAGGUGUUGCUCCAACUCUUAUACAGGUGGUUGGAAGGAAUUUUAUCCUCUUCAUCAUUUUUGGUAGUUUGGAGGAAAUGCACAACAAGCCAGUUGUGUUCUUUGUUUUCUAUCUGUGGAGUGCCAUUGAGAUUUUUAGGUAUCCAUUUUACAUGCUGGGCUGUUUCAACACAGAGUGGAAGGCUCUCACAUGGCUGCGAUAUACCGUCUGGAUACCACUGUACCCAUUAGGUGUUAUUGCUGAGGCUGUUGCUGUGAUUCAAUCCAUUCCCAUCUUUGACGAGACCAAACUCUUGAGCAUUCCUUUGCCAAAAGCCGUCGGUACCUCUAUCAGCUUCUCUUACUUCCUGCAUGUCUAUCUCAUUCUCAUGUUUCUGGGACUUUUUAUCAACUUCCGUCAUCUUUACAAGCAGAGGAAGAGGCGUUUCCGUACCAAGAAGAGGAAAGCAAAUUGAGAUCUUGCACCAACAGCACUCCUCAAACACCUUUGCUGCCUCCUUAUUUCUUCUUUUGAAAUGAUCCUUAUAAACAAUACGCCAGUAAUCAGUUCUACUUUUUGUUAUGAAGGUUUUCCCCCCACAGCCCUUUUCUCUCACUAAAAUAAUUUCCCGUCAGACGUCAGUCUUUUUUUUUUUGUAGAUUAGAUUGUAGAACAAGCUGUACUCUGUACAAAGCUUGAUGUGUUUGAUCAUGUGUUUCUUUUUCCUUUAAAUCUUGGUUGCUAAUUUGUGUAUGAGUGAAGAAAGCGGCAACAUUCUCAACAAGUACUGUAUCUGUUAUCAUUCCAGAUUUCUAAACUGUCCCACCAACCUCAGGGAAAAUUAUGCUGGCAACUGAUAAAACACAGAGCAUUUUGUGUCCCUUAUGCUCAAUAACACAGUAACCAGCUAUGAAGAAUUUUUAUUUAUAUCCCUCGUUAUGCUAUUUCAUGAUUUUGACAGUCACCCGAAUUUUAAAUGCCAACAAUAAGAGUAAUUUCCUAGGUCUCCUGUAAAUGUAAGGGUUUUUUGACAAUGAAUAAAAAGAAAACUUAAAUCUGGUCAAUUUGUGAAAAAGAUUCUACAAAGGAGCAUGUAAAAAAAUAUGUACACAUGAACACCUUACAAACACCUCAUGUACGUUUUGCCAUGUUUAGGCAGUGUCAGAGAAGGAGUGUAAGUUAUCAAUUUGCUUGAUUUGGGUUCCACAUACUGGUUCUUGAAGCAGCCCCUUUCACAAGUUCCUUAAAGAACGUUAGGAACACACAGGUCCUGUCUCCACCUUGGUCCACACAGGCUGAGGCUGCUAUAUUUCAGUCCAUUUUUACUCAUUCAGACAUAGCUCAGCUUGAGAAGUCAGUCUGCAUGGGAAUGAUGUUGUGCUCAAAAGCAGCAUACUGGGAGUCACCAGUGCUCGCCAGUUUAAGUUGCUUUGCAGCGUGGGAGAGCUGGAAAGCAGCAUCCGGGUGGGCCGAGUCUGGCAGCAGGGUGCACUCUCUCUCCAGCAGAUCGGCCACUCCCUUCAGGAGCUCCCAGAAACCGAAAGCCAAGGCAGCCUUCCUAAGACGGUUCAGUUCCUGACAGAUUCAAAUACAAAAUAGCAAUUUGAAUUUUAAAAAAUAUAAUUAUUUAUAGCCCAGAGCCAUUUUCAGAUAAAUUUACCUUAUAGAAAGUUUGAGUUUUAUCUGGCAGUUUCCUUGCAUUCCUCAGGAUCUUCUGCACAUCAGUCUGUAGAACAACAUAAAUAAUAAGUCAAUGGUGACCAGAAACAACCCUCAAAUAUUUUGAGUCGAAGCUCACAGUGUUAAAACUCAAGAAUAAUCAUCAUUGAAGAACUUCUUUAAAAUAAACACAUGGUAAAGGCUCUAACUGUAUAUCUCAGUCAGGCUCAUGCUGCAGUCAUGUCACAUUGGAUGGAUGGAUGAGAUGAGAAAGAUUUCCAUGUUUAAAACUUGUGAGGGUUCACAUCAUCAGGAUGUAGAGUUGGGUGCAAUUGGUGGUUAUUAUAGUAUGUACAUUUGUUCAUCUACAGUAUUGAAUUCAACCAUAUUAGUGUUAUUAAAAAGACAAAAAUUAAGUUUAUAUCAAGCUUCAUGUCUGUCAGGAAAUAACAUUUUGUGAAAUUAUAAUAACAAAUUUGUUCAACAAAAAGCUAUGUUUUUGUAUUCAUUUCUUAAAGUGUCAGUGUAACUGAUAAUGAUGAUAAUAAAUACAGUAAGUGGCAA